CAAAAUGAGGUGACCGACAUCAACAAACUCUGCACUUCGGUCCCGGAUGACGUGGCGAAAAUCAUUCGGGAAUAUCCUGAGAUUUUCCUGGACGAUUUGCCAAGUGGACUGCCACCCGAACUACCCCAUGACCACAAAAUCGAGCUGGAGCCCGGCGCGCAGCCUACUGUACGCACGCAGUGGCGCCAGACUCAGCCGGAGCUACAGGAGUUACGAAACCAGCUGGACUACCUGCUGGCGAAAGGGUUCAUUCGGCCGAGCACGUCACCAUUCGCAGCACCAAUCCUGUUCACGCCAAAAAAGGACGGCGGACUUCGCAUGUGUACGGACUAUCGCGCCCUUAAUCGGGUAACGAUAAAAUCGCGCUAUCCAAUACCGUGCACGGACGAACUGACCGACAACCUUCGCGGAGCUCGCUAUUUUCGAAGAUUGACCUUCGCGGCGGUUACCAUCAAAUUCGGGUGUUCGCUGACGACUGCCACAAGACCGCGUUUCGUAUUCGCUACGGGAGUUACGAAUACACGAGCAACCCGCUACUCAGUGGAAUAUUUACCCACGGGUGGGAAUUUAUCGGGACAUUUCGGGGUUGAUAAAACUCUGAAGGCGUUGCAGCGGUUUUAUUACUGGCCAGAUAUGGUGACGGACGUGCAGCGUUACGUGGCCGCGUGUCCGAUCUGCCAGCGAAUGAAGUCAUCACACCAGCGACCAACAGGACUAUUGCAGCCCCUCGAGCCACCUCAACGUCCAUGGCAACACAUAACGAUGGAUUUCGUUACAGGACUACCGGUCGGACCCAGCGGAAACGACGCGGUUUUGGUUGUCGUCGACCGAUUGACGAAAAUGGCGCAUUUCGCACCAUGUCGUACAACCAUCACAGCCGAAGAAACAGCGCGCCUGUUCAUCUCGACCAUUGUUCGCCUACACGGGAUACCAGCAGCAAUCAUUAAGCGAUCGAGAUCCGAAGUUCACGUCAAAAUUCUGGCAGGACACGUGGGCUCGGUACGGCACGCGUCUACAGUUCUCAUCCGCGUAUCAUCCCCAAACGGACGGCCUAGACGGAAAGAACGAAUCAAACGAUGGAGCAGCUGAUUCGGACAAACUGCCCCGGACCGAAAAA